AUGGCCAAGCUGACUUUUAACGUCAAGGGCGCCUCGGCCCAGCAGCCCUCGGCUUCGAAGCCCAACAAGAUCUUCAUCGACUUCAGCGGCCCCGCCAACGACGGCAUCCUCGACGCCUCGUCGUUUGAGAAGUAUCUCCACGACCACAUCAAGGUCGAGGGCAAGGCUGGCCAGCUCGGCGAUGUCGUCAAGGUCCAGAAGGAAGGCGAGGGCAAGAUCUGGAUCACGACCACGAUCCCCUUCUCGAAGCGGUACCUCAAGUUCCUCACCAAGAGGUAUCUCAAGAGGUCCCAGCUCCGCGACUGGCUCCGCGUCGUCGCCACCUCCAAGCAGGGCUUCGAGAUCAAGUUCUUCAACGUCAGCGCCGACAUGGACGAGGACGACGAGGAGUAA